AUGGAAGUCCAAACACCCCCGAUCCGUGACAUCUCGUCCACUGUCGAAGACGCGGAGAACAACUUGAUCUUCCACAAGAACGUCUCCAUUCCGCUGAAGGCAUCUAAACUUCCCAUCCGCGCCAACGUGUACUUGCCACUGUCCGCCAAGUCCGGCGACAAGUUUCCCGUCCUGGUCACCUACGGCCCCUAUGGCAAAGACAUCCCUUACGAGACCUUCUAUAAGGGCUCCUUCAGUCAGGUCAACCCGGAGCACCGGUCCAAGUACAGCGCCUGGGAGACGCCGGACCCGGUGUUCUGGACGCGGCACGGCUACGCCAUCGUGAGGGCGGACGAGAGGGGCCUGGGGCAGAGCCCCGGAUUCCUAGACACCAUGAGCAAGGGUACCAGCGAGUGCUUCUUUGAUGUGGUGGAGUGGGCUGCCGAGCAGGGCUGGAGCAGCGGCAAAGUCGGGCUCCUGGGGAUCUCGUACUAUGCCGGCACGCAGUGGCGAGUUGCGGCGCGGCGGCCCAAGGGGCUGGCUGCCAUCAUUCCCUGGGAGGGCAUGUCGGACUACUACCGUGACCGCUGCCAGCACGGUGGCAUCUUGUCCAAUAAGUUUAUCGGCUUCUGGUGGAACCGUCAGGUGCUGGUGAACCAGUACGGAAAGCCCGGCCGCUCGAAGCUUCAGUUUCCUCCCGAUGGACCAGGUGCCCGUGGCCAAGAAGAUACGCUCGAGGGCGAUCUAGGAGAAGACGUCCUGACCCAGAACAGGCAGGACCAAACCGUCGACAACGCCAAGUAUAAGUACCGCGAUGACGACUACUAUGCGAGCAAGGAGUUCAAGCUCGAGGACAUCGAGGUGCCGCUUCUGAGCGUCGCCAACUGGGGAGGCAUCCUGCUUCAUCUGCGCGGCAACGUCGAGGGCUACAAUCAUGCUGGCUCGAAGCACAAGUGGCUCCGCUUCAUCACCGGCCGCCACGAUCUCCCCUUUUACUACAGGGAGGAGGUAGAAAUCCAGAGGAGUUUCUUGGAUGCUUUCCUGAAGGGCGAUGAUCGCGAUGGCUGGACAGAGCCAGGCAAGAUUGCGCCCGUGACCGUCACGCUGCGAAAGGGUGAUGUUGGCUUCAACGAUGCCGAGGCCGAGAAAGCUUACCCCAAGAGAGAAGAGGAGGCCUGGCCGAUUCCGAGAACCCAAUACACAAGGUUCUACCUAACUCCAGACCAAAUUCUGUCGAAAGAUAAACCUACCGUCACCGAGGCCAAGCAGGUCUCGUACAAAGCCCUAGGCUCCAUCGAGAAGCCAGAACUCGUCCAGUUCGCCACCGCUCCGUUUGAACAGGAGACAGAGAUCACCGGUCACAUCACAGCGCACCUCAACGUUUCGUUGACGGCCGAGGAGGCCGCCGGCGAGAAAGACAUCGACCUCUUCGUGACCCUCAGGCACAUCGACACCAACGGCAAGGAGAUACACUAUACGGGCACCGCCGGUGAUCCCGUGCCCCUGACCAAGGGAUGGCUGAGAGUCAGCUUCCGCAAGGUGCACACGGAUCACCCCAAGAACCGCCCUUACCUGCCGCACCGCGAGUACCUCUCGACAGACGUGCUCCCGGUCAAGUCCGCUGAGGUGUACCCUGUUGAGGUUGAGAUUUGGCCCUCGAACGUCGUGGUCGAGAAGGGUGGUAAGCUGGUCUUUGAGGUGGCCAGUGGUGAUACGCAGGGCUCUGGUAUCUUCCAGCACUGCUCUGAGACAGACAGACCGUCGUCAAAAUUCGCUGGACGGAAUCAUAUCCAUUUUGGAGAAAAUCUGGAGAAUUAUGUCACUCUGCCCGUCAUUCCUCCGAAAUGA